GCUUAGGGGCUGGCCGGGAGGCGGCGCGGCUGGAGGUGACCCGCUGCUGAAUCAGAGGGGCCGGUAACCUUAACCCGCCGGGAUCGGAACGGAUACGCCGGCCCGGAUCGAGUUCCCACCCAAGUUUUCCACCCGCGGCUCCGCCACAGCCGGACGGGGCCGCGGCGAGGGACGGUGGCGUGGCCGGGGGCUGCCGCGGUGCCCCCUCGCCCGGGCGCCCCCGGUGCCCAUCGCAACCCGGCCGGUCUCUAAUCCCACCUGCGGCUAAUCGAACGGGUCGCAGCCCCCCGGGCCCCCGUCCCGCUCCGUGGGUCCGGGGCAGCGCAGCCGCCCCCGCCGCGGGCGCUCCGUCCGGCCCCGCCGCGACGCCCGGGCUCGGCAGCGCCGGGGAGCCCCCGCCGGCCCCCGGGGGCCGCCCCGCCUCGGCGGAAGAUGCCAACGAAUGGCAUCCACCAGGUGCUGAAGAUCCAGUUCGGGUUGAUCAACUGCGAGAGCCGGUACCUGACGGCGGAGAGCUUCGGCUACAAGGUGAACGCCUCGGCGCCCAGCCUCAAGCGCAAGCAGAUCUGGACGCUGGAGCAGGAUGAAGCCGACAGCUCCAUCGUCUUCCUCAAGAGCCACCUGGGCCGGUACCUGGGCGCCGACAAGGACGGGAAGGUGCGCUGCGAGGCGGAGCAGCCGGGCCGGGACGAAGGCUUCAGCAUCAUCACUCAGUCGGACGGGCGCUGGGCGCUGCAGUCGGCCCCGCACCGGCGCUUCUUCGGGGGCCGCGAGGACCGGCUGUCCUGCUUCGCCCCCAGCGUGACGGAGGGCGAGCUCUGGACCGUGCACCUGGCCAUGCACCCCCAGGCCAACCUGCUGAGCGUCAGCCGCCGCCGCUACGCCCACCUGAGCGCCCACGAGGACGAGAUCGCCACCGACAGCAACCUGCCCUGGGGGGUGGACGCGCUCAUCACCCUCUGCUUCCAGGACAAGAAGUACAGCCUGCGCACGGCCGACGAGCGCUACCUGCGCUGCGAUGGCACCUUGGUGCCCGAGCCCGGCGCCGGCACCGGCUACACCCUCGAGUUCAAGGCCGGCAAGUUGGCGUUCAAGGACUGCGACGGGAAAUACCUGGCGCCCACCGGACCCACCGGCACCCUCAAAUCCGGCCGCAGCUCCAAGCCGGGCAAAGAUGAACUCUUUGACCUGGAGGAGAGUCACCCCCAGGUGGUGUUCACGGCGGCCAACGGCAGAUACGUCUCCAUCCGGCAGGGUGUGAAUGUCUCGGCAAACCAGGACGAGGAGCUGAACCACGAGACCUUCCAGAUGCAGAUCGACCGCGACACCAACAAGUGCAGCCUCCACACCAACACUGGCAACUACUGGACCCUGGUGGCCCAUGGGGGCAUCCAGGCCGUGGCCACCGAAAUCGCUGCCAACACCAUGUUCGACAUCGAAUGGCGCGGGCGGCGCGUGGCCCUGCGCGCCAGCAACGGCCGCUACGUCUGCACCAAGAGGAACGGGCAGCUGGCGGCCGUCAGUGAGGCCGUGGGGGAGGACGAGGAGUUCACUCUGAAGCUGAUCAACCGCCCGAUGCUGGUGCUGCGAGGGGAGCACGGCUUCGUCUGCUACCACCGGGGCUCCAACCUGCUCGACUCCAACCGCUCCGUCUACGACGUCUUCCACAUCACCUUCAGCGACGGCGCCUACCAGAUCCAAGGCCAGGGGGGCAAGUACUGGUACGUGGCGAGCAGCGGGUCGGUGUGCAGCGACGGGGACCUCUCCGAGGAUUUCUUCUUCGAGUUCCGGGAGCGGGGCCGCGUGGCCAUCAAAGGGAAGAACGGGCGGUACCUGCGCGGGGACCCCGCGGGGACACUGCGCGCCGACAGCGAGUCCGUGCUGCGGGCCACGCUGUGGGAGUACUGACCCCCGGAGCCCCCACCACGGCCACUCCUGCCCACGGGCACCAGCCUGUCCCUGGCAAAGGGGGGUGGUGGCAGCGGUGACACCGUUUGUGGCAGCUGUGCCCCCAUGACUCAUGGCAUUAAAGUCACCUGGAUCACA